CGCUGCGCUGCCAGCUCUCACUCACUCACAUACAGAGUUGAACCCGCGCGCUGCAGAGAAAGUGACUGGCUGUUCGUUGCUGUCUAACAGAGAAAAAAAACCGUGGAAAGAAACUCUGAAUAGAGGAAGAUUGGUUUCGGCCGUCAUAAAAACGGCAAUAAAGCCAGGGAUUUUAGCUUGAAAUUCUUUUUUAACUGUGUUUGGGGAAUACGGCAUCGGAGUAUGAACUGAGGAGCGGCGGUGUUGCUCAUUAACAGGAUGGAUUCCCUUCUCUACUCCAUGUUGCUGUGGGUCCUUUGUCCCAGUGUGAGAGGCUGGUGUGACCAUGCAUCUGAGAGGACAGAUCUCAACCUUUCUGUCACUUACGACCUCCCAACAUUCACUGCAGACUUUCCAGUCCAGAACAUGGUGAUUGUGGAUGGGAUCAUCUAUGUCGGUGCAAUAAACAGGAUUUAUGCCUUAGCCCCUAACCUGACAAAACUAUCAGAGUACCACACAGGACCACUGUCGGCUAACGAGACCUGCGGCCAGACACAGGCCAGAAGGAACAGCAAUGAGAAGGUUGACAACCACAACAUUGCUUUAGUGGGUGAGAAGAUGUACGACCAAGGCUUGUACAGCUGUGGCUCUGUAGACAAUGGAGUCUGCCGUCGCCAUGUCCUGAACGAGGGCAAUGGCCUGAAAACCGUUGAUGAAGAUGUAUAUUGCUUUGCAGACAAGGUGCAGCUGGGUAACGGUCAGCCCAGUGACUCUGAUAUGGUUGUGAGCCCAUCAGGGUCUCAGGUGCUCAACGUGGAGAGCAACUUUAUACACUUUUUUGUUGGGAACUCUGAAAUUCCAGGUAAAGACAACGUAAAAGGCAUGACAACACAUCCUCACACCAUCUCGCUGCGGAAGAUGAGGACAAGCCAAGAUGGUUUCACUUUUGAGUCCGGCUCCUCAUACAUGGACCUGAUUCCGUCCCUAAGAGGAAACUAUUACCUGCGCUAUGUUUACUCAUUCCACAGUGGACCCUUCACCUACUUCCUCACCGUACAAAAGGUGAGCUGGGACUCUCAAGCCUACCAUACACGCAUCGUCCGGAUGUGCUCCUCCGACAAGUCCAUCCGUCGCUAUGUGGAGAUGCCCCUGGAGUGCAUCAGCACUAACAAGAGGCGGCGACGCUCUGGAAGCCUUAAGGUCUUUAACAUUCUGCAGGCUGCUCAUUUCACAAGGGUGGGAAAAGACGAAGAGAAGCUGUUUGCCGCCUUUGCCCAAGGAAAGCCAAACUCUCCGGAGCCAACCGCCAACUCAGCCAUCUGCAUUAUGACCAUAAAACAAAUCAACGAGAGGUUCAGGUCAAACAUACAAGGUUGCAGCACAGUGGAGCCGUAUCACUUCACUGGAUCGGACAGGAAGUCCUGCCACAACCUGACCUCCUCAGAUGAGUGUGACAUCCAUGAAGGCAUCAGUGAGGGAAAAGAGAGUGCAUAUCGCCUGCAGGUGACCAACUUUGUCCAGAGGUUGGAGUACUGGCACACAGACUUGGCAAACACAUUAGUUACCUCAGUCCUGGCGGCUCCCGUCAAUGAUGGCGCCGUUAUAUAUCUUGGAACUGCAGACGGACGCCAUAUUCAGGUGCUGUAUUCCCGCUCCAGCUCUCCACAUGUGAAUGUUCGCCUGGACUCGAGACCCGUCUCUACCAGUGUAGUGCUGCCAGCUACGGCACACUCAAAGGGAGCCGUAAUAGUGGCCACAGGUAACAAGAUCACUAAAAUCCCGCUGAUUGGCCCUGGCUGCAGUCAGAUGACUACCUGCACGUCGUGUUUGCUGUCGUCGAAUGUGACAGAGUGCGGUUGGUGCAACGGACGGUGCACCAGAAAGAAUGAGUGUCCGUCCUCUUCCACAUGGACUCAGGACUACUGCAUGCCUGUGAUUACCAAAUUUUCUCCGGCCUCUGGACCACUGCUGGGCUCCACGAUUGUGACGAUCUGCGGCCACAACUUUGGCUUUAACAAAACGAAGACGUUCAAAGGUUCUGAGACUCUGAUGCUAUCUGUGAAUGUGGCAGGAGUGCCGUGCAAGUUCACAAAAGGGGGUACAAAGAGAUGGACUGAGAUCCAGUGUUCCCCGGCGUCGAAAGGGAACUUCACUCUGUCAGGACACAAAGUGAAAGUUACCAGCGGUAAUAAGGUGGCCACAAUGGAGAGUUUCACGUUUGUGGAUCCUGUGAUCAAUGACAUCUUUCCCACAUUUGGUCCAAAGUCUGGAAACACCAUGUUAACCAUUAGAGGGGCUUUCCUGGAUACUGGAAAUCAGCAAUCUGUGACCAUAGGGGAGAAGAUUUGUAAAAUCCAGAGUUUGACAUCCACCAUGAUCACCUGUAAGACACCUUCACAUGCUUUUACCUCAAAGGAGUGGGUGAAGCUCACAAUUGAUUCAGUUAAACGCCAAGCCGCCACGCAGUUUACCUACAAUGAAGACCCCAUCAUCAUCAACAUCCAGCCUUCACAUUCCUUCAUGAGCGGAGGCUGCACGGUGUCGGCUCGUGGCUUCUUCCUCCAAUCUGGACUUCAACCACAGAUGGUUCUCACCGUCAGUCUGAAAAACACUACAGUCUUCCAUGUGAGCUGCGUGUAUGGUGAAAACCAGACCUCCAUCCAGUGCACGACACCUUCCCUCGCCAAACUGGCUCUUCACAAAGCCGUGGUCACCAAAGUGACUUUUGUCCUGGAUGGCUACUCAACUCCUCAGCUGGACCUGGUUUAUGUGGAGGAUCCAUUAUUCCAUGACCCAAAGCUGACUUCAAAGGACAACAAGAGCAUCGUUGAGCUUAAAGGUGAUCGGAUGGACAGGGAGGCAAUGAAUUGUAAACUCCUGACCGUUUCCAACCACAGCUGUGAGAGCCUGACAGUGGUUGGAAACACUUUGGAGUGCACGGUGCCCCCUGAGCUGCAGAACAAGGAGCUGCAGGUAGAGUGGCGACAGGCAGACUCCAUCAGGACUCUGGGCAGAGUGAUGCUGGCGCAGGAGCAGGACUACACCGUCCUCAUUUUGUGCUGCAUUCUCUUCAGCUUGUUGUUGCUGCUGCUGGGAUCAGUGCUGAUGUGGAGAAGGAACAAGCAUGUUGACGAUCUGUCGGAGGUGUGGUAUGAUAGCCGGGGUCACAUCCAGCAUCUGGACCGGCUGGCAAACGCGAGGAGCGUGAGUCCCACCAAUGAAAUGGUCUCCCACGAGUCAGUGGACUAUAGAACAACUCUGCUGGAUGAUCAGGGUGUUGACAGGCCUGAGACGUGCCGGGUGCCCCCCCCUAUCUAUGGGGGUAACGGGGAGCUGCUGUCUCCUAGACUGGGAGCACUGAGCUCUGGGAUGAGCCUGGCCAUGGAGGGCGAUUUGGUGUCCCCUCUUCUGAUGGCCCCCGUCCACAUCGACCCAUCCUGCCUCCACCCAGACCUGCUUACUGAGGUGCAGCAUGUGGUGAUCACCAGGGAACAGCUGCUGCUCCACCUGAACCAGGUCAUCGGCAGAGGUCACUUCGGCUGUGUUUAUCAUGGGACGCUGCUCGAGCCAGACGGCCAGAAGCUGCACUGUGCGGUCAAGUCCCUAAAUCGCAUCACAGACUUGGAAGAGGUGUCCCAGUUCCUGAAGGAAGGGAUCAUCAUGAAAGACUUCAGUCAUCCCAACGUCCUCUCUCUGCUGGGAAUCUGCCUUCCACCAGAGGGUUCACCGCUGGUGGUUCUGCCAUAUAUGAAGCAUGGCGACCUGCGGAACUUCAUCCGUGACGAAGUGCACAACCCCACCGUGAAGGACCUGAUGGGUUUUGGGCUUCAGGUGGCCCGUGGAAUGGAGUAUCUAGCCAGCAAAAAGUUUGUCCACCGAGAUCUGGCUGCCAGGAACUGCAUGCUGGAUGAGAGCUACACAGUAAAGGUGGCUGACUUCGGCCUGGCUAGAGACAUCUAUGACAAAGAAUAUUACAGCGUCCACAACAAGAGCGGGGUCAAGCUGCCCGUCAAAUGGAUGGCUCUGGAAAGUCUGCAGACGCACAAGUUUACCACCAAGUCAGAUGUGUGGUCAUUUGGGGUGCUGCUUUGGGAGCUGAUGACUCGUGGAGCCCCGCCAUACUCUGAUGUGAACUCUUUCGACAUCACCGUGUUUCUCCUGCAGGGCAGGAGGCUGCUGCAGCCCGAGUUCUGCCCUGACGCCCUCUACACGGUCAUGGUGGAGUGCUGGCAUCCAAAGCCUGAGCGGCGGCCCUCCUUCUCAGAACUGGUGUCUCGCAUCUCUGCCAUCUUCUCCAGCUUCAGCGGAGAGCACUACGUCCUCCUGAAUACCACUUACGUCAACAUUGACAAAAUGACCCCCUACCCCUCCCUGCUCACCUCCACAGCUUCAUCCUCCUCUUCGGCUUCCUCCCCCGAGGCCUCUACCUCCACGUCCCUGCCGCCGCACUCCCCGCUCUUCUGUCACGCAGAGCGAGGAUGCUGCACCUGAGACGGUUAGAAGCCGCCGGCCAUUGGGAGGCAGAGAAGAAAAGCGUUGGAAGGGGAACUCCUGACGAGCUACUGGACGUACUCACCAAACACUGGACACUGCAUGCUGUGGAGACACGAAGUCUUGUUUUUGGAGUUCGGACUUGCUCUUCCUUCAAUGUACAUCUCAUGCAUUAACUUACAUCAGGGGUGGAGCUUCUGGACUUCCACAAUUCUGAGGCGCGGAGAGACAAACAUGCUGUAUUUUCCUCAAAGCAUCGCAAGACAGCAAAGCGGGUUUAAAACUCUGUGCUCAAGAGCUGUCACACUUCCACAAACCAUAAGGGCGGGCUGUUGAUGCAACAUCAUGGAGAGUCGUUUCUGCCUUGAGGAAACCAGCUGAGGUGGGCUGGAGGCUGACUUCAGCGGGGGAGGGGGAGGGGGGCAAAAGCAGGAUGUGCAGAAAAAAAGUUUUUGUUUGCAGAUCACUGGAUGAUUUAUUUAUGUUGUUAUGUGUUGACAGAUUUUGAUGCCCGCUUAUCUGAUCCACCUUUUUUUUUCUUUCCUUUUAAAAACACUUCAACUCUUUCCCUAUAAAGUGAUUUAUUGGAUUUAUUUUAUUGGAUGCUCACAGUUUUAGAAAAGUAUGCCUUCCAGCAAAAAAAAAAAUAACUCACAUUUUAGGUUUACAUAAAAAGUUUAUCUCUAUAUCAUAUAUUUUGAUUCCACAACUUUAUUCCUGUGAGUAUCAGGAAUCCUGUCGUCCAAUUUACAUCUAAAAACACAUAAAAGACAAAGAAUAUGUCUGAAUUCCCUCCCUAACAACCGUCUAGUGCCGUGGGUUUCAAAAGUAAUUGGAAACCAUCCUCACUACAUGUUUUUAAUGGCAAAGAUGACAUCACCGAUUUUCUGAAGAAAAAACAUAAAAAUAUUUAUGAAUAUAUUGUGUUCUGAAGAUAUGAACUUGGAUGAUUCAUAAAAAGCUAAAAUAAAGGUAAAAUUCAGUUGAGUUCAAAUAAAA